CGCACCGGCAGCCACUCAGAGUAGCGAGAGAGGCGGGGUGGCCGGGGCCGGCGCUCCCCUGGGCCCCAGCUCCCGGCCCGCCCCGCCGCCCCAGCCCCCCGGAUGAGGGUAUAUAUUCGGAGCGGGUGCGGAACGCCGUUGAGUGGCGGAGCCAUAGGAGUCGGAGUCCUGCCGAGCUGCGGUCGCGUGGAGGAAGGUUCACUGUUGCAGAAAUUGUACCCCUGUUUUCACAGAGGUUGGCUACCAGAGCAUUAUGAAUGUCGAUGACCUCAAACUCAGGUUGUCCAGAACUGGGCAAGAACACCUGCUACAGUUCUGGAAUGAAUUAGAAGAAACUCAACAGGUAGAACUUUAUGCUGAACUCCAGGCCAUGAACUUUGAGGAGCUGAACUUGUUUUUCCAAAAGGCCAUUGAAGGAUUUAACCAGUCUUCUCACCAAGAGAAAGUGGAUGCACGAAUGGAACCUGUUCCCCGAGAGGUAUUGGGCAGUGCUACCAGGGAUCAAGAUCAGCUCCAGGCCUGGGAAAGUGAAGGACUUUUCCAGAUUUCUCAGAGCAAAGUAGCAGUUCUUCUUCUAGCUGGUGGGCAGGGGACAAGACUUGGAGUUGCAUAUCCCAAGGGGAUGUAUGAUGUUGGUUUGCCAUCCCAUAAGACGCUUUUUCAGAUUCAAGCAGAACGUAUCCUGAAGUUACAGCAGUUAGCUGAAAAAUAUCAUGGCAACAAAUGCAUCAUUCCAUGGUAUAUAAUGACCAGUGGCAGAACAAUGGAGUCUACAAAGGAAUUUUUCACAAAGCACAAGUACUUUGGUUUAAAAAAAGAGAAUGUAGUCUUUUUUCAGCAGGGAAUGCUGCCUGCUAUGAGUUUUGAUGGGAAAAUUAUUUUGGAAGAGAAGAACAAAGUUUCUAUGGCUCCAGAUGGUAAUGGUGGUCUUUAUCGGGCCCUUGCAGCCCAGAAUAUUGUGGAGGAUAUGGAGCAAAGAGGCAUUUGGAGCAUUCAUGUCUACUGUGUAGACAACAUUUUGGUAAAAGUGGCAGACCCACGGUUCAUUGGAUUUUGCAUUCAGAAAGGAGCAGACUGUGGGGCAAAGGUGGUAGAAAAAACGAACCCUACAGAACCAGUUGGAGUGGUUUGCCGAGUAGAUGGAGUAUACCAGGUGGUAGAAUAUAGUGAGAUUUCCCUGGCAACAGCUCAAAAACGAAGUUCAGAUGGACGACUGCUGUUCAAUGCGGGGAACAUUGCCAAUCAUUUCUUCACUGUACCAUUUCUGAGAGAUGUUGUCAAUGUUUAUGAACCCCAGUUGCAGCACCAUGUGGCUCAAAAGAAGAUUCCAUAUGUGGAUUCCCAGGGGCAAUUAAUUAAGCCAGACAAACCAAAUGGAAUAAAGAUGGAAAAAUUUGUCUUUGACAUCUUCCAGUUUGCAAAGAAGUUUGUGGUGUAUGAAGUAUUACGGGAAGAUGAGUUUUCCCCGCUGAAGAAUGCAGACAGCCAGAAUGGGAAGGACAACCCUACUACUGCAAGGCAUGCUUUGAUGUCCCUUCAUCAUUGCUGGGUCCUCAAUGCAGGUGGCCACUUUAUAGAUGAAAAUGGCUCCCGCCUUCCUGCAAUUCCCCGCAGUGCUACAAAUGGAAAGUCAGAGACCAUCACAGCUGAUGUCAAUCACAACUUGAAGGAUGCCAAUGAUGUACCAAUCCAGUGUGAAAUCUCUCCUCUUAUCUCCUACGCUGGAGAAGGAAUAGAAAGUUAUGUGGCAGAUAAAGAGUUCCAUGCACCUUUGAUCAUUGAUGAGAAUGGAGUCCAUGAGCUGGUGAAAAAUGGUAUAUGAACCAUCUACCAAGUUCUACUACAAUAGAAGUAGCUUUUAUUUUUGAUAGACCAACUGUGAACCUAUAGGACCUCUCCUGGAAGACUGCAUUUUGAACAUUCACAGAAUUUCAUUUUGCUUGUUGAACUGUUGAAACUAUUAUAAACUUCCCAAGGUCCAGA